AUAAACAAUGUAACAUGAGUUUUGUUCACAAGAAAGUUUAGAAUUAUUAUACAGAUCUGCUCAUUUUACUUGCUGUGAUCUUAUUUAUUCGAACUAUUUUUCAAAACAAAUACUAAAGGGAUGGCAGGUAACCCAAACGUUUGCGAUGGCUGUGAUAGCUUUGAAAAGAUUAAAUCAUGUUGCGUCAAUUGUGAGCAGUGUUAUUGCCAGGAAUGCACCGCUCAUCAUAUGAAAUGUAGAACUACACGGUUACAUAUCUUAAUGGAUGCUUCAAACAUUGACACAGAUAAAACUCUAAAUUCUUUUGAUGUUAAAUGCGUUAAUGAAUGCGGGGAGCAGGCAGUAAUGCUUUGUCUAGAUUGCAAACAGUUACUGUGUGACAACUGUACACAGAAACAUACAAGGCUUAAAGCAACCAACGAUCAUAAUACCAUAACAGCGAAACAACUCGUGAGAGACGAAACAUUAUCAACUACUUCUGUUGAUGCUUACUCUGAAAGAAGAACUGCAGCAGUUUCAGAUUCGCAGGAAUUAGUGCAUGCACAGGUUCAAGUUAGAAAAGCUUUGGGUUCACAGGAAUUACUGCAUGCACAGGUUCAAGUUAGGAAAGGUAAACAUUCGGGGUUGGCAGCUCCAUCAAACGUUUAUGACGGCUGAGAAUUUGAUAGAAAGGUAGAAUCCUUUUCGGUGCAGUUUUAUUGCAGGGAAUGCACCGCUUACUAUAUGAAUUUAAAACCCAG